GGGAGCGGUGGGAAGCACAGAGUCUGUUCUCUCAGUAAGUCAGCAGAGAGCGGUGACUGGCCUAGCGCAGAGCAGCUCUCCCCUUCCCACCAUGCCUCACCGAAAACGCAGCUUCACAUUCGGAGCCUACGGAGGAGUGGACAAGACCUUCUCCAAGUCCUGGAGUAUCUGGAAGCAGGAUGACGGGGACCCGCCCAUCUCCAGCACACUAGACCCCCUGCAGUCCCCCCCCCCACCUCCGCACACCGCACCUCCGUACCUGAAGACGAAUGAUUUGUUUGAAAUGAUUGAAAGGAUGCAGAGCAACAGAAUGGAUGAGCAGAGAUGCACCCUGCCUCCCCCCCUCAAGACCGAGGAGGACUACAUCCCGUAUCCCAGCGUCCAUGAGGUGCUGGGGCGUAAGAGCCCAUUCCCCCUCAUCCUCCUGCCCCAGUUCGGGGGGUACUGGAUCGAGGGGACCAAUCAUGACGUGAACAGCCCCCCCAACCCGGAUCAGCUCCUGUCCCCGACGUCCCGCGUGAAGCUGGAGUGCAACACCACCGCCAAGAUCUACAGGAAGCACUUCCUGGGGAAGGAGCACUUCAGCUACUACUCCAUGGACAGCAGCCUUGGGCACCUGGUCUUCUCCAUCAAGUACGACGUGAUCGGGGACCAGGAGCACCUGCGUCUAAUGCUCCGGACUAAGUUUAAAACCUACCACGACGUGAUUCCAAUAUCCUGUCUGACGGAGUUCCCGAAUGUGGUCCAGAUGGCCAAGCUCGUGUGUGAGGAGGUGAACGUGGAUCGCUUCUUUCCUGUCCUCUACCCAAAGGCUUCGAGACUCAUCGUGACUUUCGACGAGCACGUCAUCAGCAACAACUUCAAGUUCGGCGUCAUCUACCAGAAGUUUGGGCAGACCUCCGAAGAGGAGCUGUUUGGGAAUAGCGAGGAGAGUCCGGCCUUUGUGGAGUUCCUGGAAUUCCUGGGUCAGAAGAUCGAGCUGCAUGAGUUCAAAGGGUUCCGGGGCGGACUGGAUGUCACUCACGGACAGACGGGAAUGGAGUCGGUGUACCACAACUUCCGCAACAAGGAGAUCAUGUUCCACGUGUCCACCAAGCUGCCCUACACCGAGGGAGACGCCCAGCAGCUCCAGAGGAAGAGACACAUAGGAAAUGACAUCGUGGCCAUCGUGUUCCAGGACCAGAACACGCCCUUCGUGCCCGACAUGAUCGCCUCCAACUUCCUGCACGCCUAUGUGGUGGUGCAGGUGGAGAGCCCAUGCACCGAGAACGUGCUGUACAAGGUGUCAGUGACAGCACGGGACGAUGUCCCCUUCUUUGGACCGGCCCUCCCCGACCCUGCUGUUUUCAGAAAGGGUCCAGAGCUUCAUGAGUUCCUCCUGACUAAGCUCAUCAAUGCUGAGUAUGCCUGUUACAAAGCUGACAAGUUUGCCAAACUGGAGGAGCGCACUCGGACAGCCCUGCUGGAGACUCUGUAUGAGGAGCUGCACAUUCACAGCCAGGCCAUGAUGGGUCUGGGGGGGGGCGAGGAGGACCGGCUGGAGAACGGGGGCGGAGGGGGCGGGGGCUUCUUUGAGUCCUUCAAGCGGGUGAUCCGCAGCAGGAGCCAAUCAAUGGACGCCAUGGGCCAUGCUAACAAGAAGCCAAUCUCAGUGGCCACUAGCCAAUCCGGCAGCUUUUCUCUGGCCCCGGCAGAGACCCCCAAAACCCCCGGGAUAUCCCUGCUUGUCCCAGGGAAAAGUCCCAGUAAAUAUGGACGGCGUGGGAGUGCCAUAGGGAUAGGAACGAUAGAAGAGUCCUUGAUCAUUCCGGGGAAAAGUCCGACCCGGAAGAAGUCCGGUCCCUUCAGCUCGAGACGCAGCAGUGCCAUCGGGAUCGAGAACAUCCAGGAGGUCCAGGAGAGGAGCAGAGAGUGCUCCCCCAGCACACAGAAGGCCCAGGACAGCGGCCACGCCUCCCAGGACCCCAAAUCUGAGAACUCAUCCAAUCAGAGCUCACCUGAGGUGCCCACCACAAAGAACAGUUCUGCUGUGUGCUGCAGGGCUCCUUCCAUCCCUGAAGGUCAUGACCUCUCCCGCUCCUCCUCCAACGCCAGCAGCUUCGCCAGUGUGGUGGAGGAGAACGAGACGGAGGAGUACGACACCGGCAUGGAGAGUCUCUCCUCUGCAGGGACUCCACACAAGCGUGACUCCUUCACCUACAGCACCUGGCUGGAGGACAGCAUGAGCAGUGCCAGUACGGCCAGCAGGGGGGGCUCUCCAGCGUCCAGCAGACCCCCCCACCCUGAGGGAGGCAAAGGCCCUGACCCGUCCCGCUCCGAGAUCCGGAUCAAACUGGAGCGGCCCCAGGACCAGAAGUCCUCAUCGCUUUCCCAUAAGAAACACCUGCUGCAGGAGACGAGGCGAGCGCGCAUCUUCGGCACCACCGAAGGCGAGGAGGAGGAGGAGGAGGAGGAGGAGGAGGGUGAGGCAGACCCCGGCGAGGAGCAGGGUCCCUGAGCCCCGCGGACAGACUGUGAACGCACACCCCCGCCGCCCUCCACGCACCACCCAGAGAACUACAUAUCCCAGCAGGCCGAGUGCAGCGGGGGAGGGGAGGGGAGGGGGGAGGGGCCACACCUGCACUGUGAUCGUUUUAUUUUUCCUCCGUCCGCUUUCGUUCGCAUGUUCGCGCGACCGUUCGUUCGCUUGCUCGUUCGUUCUGCCCUCCCCUCCUUCCUUUCGACCCAACACGCCCCUUCCCUGGAACGAACGCACUUUUUAACAUUUACGUUUUACUCCGUCCGUCGGUGGAAGUUCUUUUUUGUGUGGUGUAGGUGCCAGUGGAUACACUUCGUCAACGUUGUGAUUUUUAUCAGGAAGCGUCGAGCGUACGGGUGACAGGUCACACGGGGUAGAGCAACCACGCCACUGGAAGCCACCUGGAGACUUUCCGUCCAAUCGUAGCAGCCUGCGCGUGAUUGGCUGUUAGACGUGGAGCGGUCAGGUCCCAAGAGCCGCGAGGGAUGACAUCACCAGUCCGGUUCGACUCCGUUUAUGGCCAAUAACCGUUACCACCCAAAUACAGCCCUGUGUGUAUCUCCUGAUUAGCGUUACUGUAGUUGUAACUGGUACCAAUAAUGUUGGGUAUCAUUUAUUCACAAGUGAAUGUCAUCAUUAUCUGUCUCCUGAAGAGAGGGGAUUAGGGCAGAAACCUACGUAUCGAUCCGGUCCGUAGAGGAAAACGUGUGAAAUUGCCCUCACCCAUACGGUACAAUGAUGUAAGCCUUACUGUGUUCACUAAACCUUGGGCUCGAUGACAUUGAACACGCAGCCACACUCAGCCACACACGUGUACAGAGGCUGCUUGUGUGUCACACUGGACAGGUUUAUGGGGGUGUCAUUUGGGGGGGUGUUCGGUUAAACAGCCCAAUCAUACACCGCGAGCCAGAUCACGUGACACAACGAAAAUGGAGGAAAUCUCCUGUCCGUGUCAGUUACACUAACCUGCCCUGCUCUCACUAAUCUACCAAAACAGAUUCACCCCAAAAAGUAGUAAGGGUUAUAAUGUGUUCUGAAUAUUCGGGUGAUUUGUACGAGGAUCGCUUGGGCCAGAGCCGUUUUCCCUGAACACGUCCCAGUUUUCAGAUGCCAGUGAAUCAUUCACUCGAACAGAAUGAGGUCUCGACUCAUAACUGGACCCUGCAAACAGAGCUUUAUGGGGAGAACUCUUCUGAACUCUGGCAGCUCUGUUGUCGGGUGAACCGUUGCGGUUUGUAAAGGCGCACACUGAAGCAGGCGUGAUGUGGAGCCGGCCAAUCACAGCGAGCAGGUGUGGGGGAGUGGCUGAGGUGAUUGGUUGACACUAUGUGGGCUGUAGCCACGCCCAUCCUGUGAUGCAGCAGUGCCUGUCGAGACGUGGAUGCCAGGCCAGGGAUCCUACGGUCCAGAGUCACUCCUGCUGAGAAUAAGCAAGCGUCUAAACGACUUUGCAUUUUGAAAAAAGUGAAUUGUGUAUUUCAGUUUAAUUACAUGUAUAUUUGAGGAUGUGCAUAUUAUGUGUCACGAUGUUUAUGUUUGUGAUUCUGCGUGAGCUGCAGCUACAGUGGAAAGACUUUUAGAUAAAGGGGCCUUGUGUGUGAUCUACAGACAGGUGUGUGUGUGUGUGUGUGUGUGUGUGAUCUACAGACAGGUGUGUGUGUGUGAUCUACAGACAGGUGUGUGUGUGAUCUACAGACAGGUGUGGUGUGUAAGAUCUACAGACAGAUGUGGUGUGUAAGAUCUACAGACAGAUGUGGUGUGUAAGAUCUACAGACAGAUGUGGUGUAUAUGAUAUACAGAGAGGUGUGUGUGUGAUCUACAGGGAGGUGUGUGUGUGAUCUACAGACAGGUGUGUGUAUAAUCUACAGAGGUGUGGUGUGUGUGUGAUCUACAGAGAGGUGUGCUCAACCAGCCUGCAGCUCCAUGUCAAACCCUAAGGACACAAAUGCUCCUUGGCGAGACGUUCCAUUUCACAGCAGCUAAACUCCAUUAUGGUGGGUUGUGGUGUAUAUUUCCCCAUCUUCUUCUGUGGUCUCUCGCGUCAGUUUGACCUCCAGAGAGGCAAGUGUAACUGUGCGUAUGAUUUGUUGUGCUGUUAUCGAUGGACCUUUCCUUUACUCUGCAUGAAACGUGACCGCCCAAAAUGAGGCCAAAAAAAACAAACCAAGAAACCAAGUAAAAUACUGUGCACUAACAAACAUGAGAUGUAACAUUGAUACUGUGAAGUUCUUUGAGGUUGCCUUUAAAAAAAAAAAAAGUCACUGUCAGCUGCUGCCAUGACGAUGAGCAAGAAAACAGAAGCAAAAAUAAAAUCACCCAAGUAGCAAUCAGUCUGAAUGUAGAACUAAUGUGGUCAUUUUAGCAUUUAAGCCAUAGGGAAAAGAAUAUGUGCAUAUCUUUGGUACCAUAAAAUAUCUGCGGAGAAUUGCCUUGCAUUAUGAAUAUUUUCAACAACAAACAAAAAAAGGUAUAAUUUUGUGAAGAUUGAUUGGGAUGAUAAUUAUUGAUCAUCGGACGUUAUUGAUCGUUUGAUUUCAUGUCCAGCUGUAGAAGUGUGCAUGGAGGUGAGAGAGGAAGAAGAGCUGAGUGCAUGGCGUCUGGGCAGUCUUCAUGCAGCUACGCAGCACCCGUAUGUUUAUAUGACGUGCCGCGUGAUCCUGACGAACCCAUUCAGACGGUGUGCACUUGGACUGAAACCAUUUGUGUGUAAAACAUUUCCCAUUUGAAUACUCGCCUUCAGCGGUUUCCUCUUGCUAUCCGUAAAGUCAUGCGUCUGACCAUUAGUUAAGUUGACGGUGAUCAAAAGGCCUAACACGUGAUCAUAUAAUACUAAGCGUUGUCUUUCAACUAUCACUUUAUCCACUGAAAGCCAAAUGAAACAUUUAAUGCAAUUUCAGAAUGAAUCGUGUCAAAUUAUAGUGGAAGUCUUGACCUUCCGCAUACACAAACGGCAGUGGUAACAGACUAGCAAUAUCAGCGAGCUUAAUCUUCGUCAUGUGAAGCGUCUUGUGCUCGUGUCAUGGAUCUCUUUGGUUUUAACUAGAACGACUGGACCAGGGGUCGGCAACCCUGGUCCUGGAGAGCCGCAGGGUGUGCUGGCUUUCGUCUCCACCUUAAAAUAAGCAACCGAUUCAAACGCAAGAAACCUGGUGAGGUGAGUUAACUGUAAUCAACGGCUUUCAUUGAUCAAUUAAUGCCAAGUAACAACGAAAGCCAGCACACCCUGCGGCUCUCAAGAGUUCGAUCCGCUUAUCGGCCUGUGGCGCCCUCUAGUGUAAAGACCGUGUACAUGGCCAUUCUUUAGUGCUGUAUCUGUUCUCCUGUGUUUUGGUGCGAUAGCUCCAUGUCGACAUAUCCAUUCUGCUGAAGGAACGGCGACUGCUAUUCCGAUUAGCCAAUCCGUCUCCACACUACACUACGCCGUCCUCCAUUCAAAUGAUUGUAUUUGUGUUCUGUUUGAUAUUACAAUGCUGAAGUGUGAGUUCUUGUAUCAAAGUCUUAUUGUAAAUAUUGCUUUAUUUUUUUUCUUUCUUUUGUAAAUACUGCCAGAGGGAAUAAAAACUGGAAUAAAGGAGGUCUGGGUAUCUGACAA